AUGCUGCAUUCGAUGGCGUUGCCCGCCCAGCUGCCUGACGACGUGGAGCGUAUGGAGGAAGACAGCUCCCCUGGAUCGCUGGAUGGGGUAGAAGAUUCUGUGGACAGUUUGGACAUCCUGGAGCGUGAGCAGGUGGUGGCAAGUAUGAUUUGGUAUUCUUUCGAGCGGUCGUUUGUCACCGCUGCGAUUGAAGUGAGCACCAUCAUGCUCUUGGAGGUAUCUUAUGGUUGGCCUUCGGAGCGAUGUGGUCUUGUAUUUACGGUGGUUUCCUCCACCAGUUUACUCUUGACCUGGCUGUCCAGCAUGGUGAUGUCCCGGAAUUCCGUGCCAGAGUCGACCGUCUUCAUGGUGUGCAAGUUGACCUCGUUGGUGGGUGUGAUCUUCCUUUUUGAUUUUGGCAUAGGCCCAGCCGGGCUAUUGCUUGCAGACUCGCUGGUUUACGGUUGUGCCAGUGUGUCCAACGGCAUUGCACAGGGCUGGGGCAGCAAGGACCUCACGGGCACAGGCCGCGUCGCCUGCUUCGAGUUGGAAUCGUGGCUGCGCCAGCACAUGUACCCCGGCAAUGCUCGGAUGCUGUUGAAGGAUCUUGGCCGAAAGGGCAGCCUAGGCAUGUCGCAGCUCCGGUUUCUGGCGCCCUCCUUUGUGCGCGCGGGGCAGUGUGGGCGACCGAGUGGCGCCACGGCGGCUUCGUUGCUCCGCCGCUUGUGGGGGCAGAGCGACCUGCGGGCGCGGCGCUAUCAGCCCUUGGAGGCGCAACAAGCUGCUAUUCGAUGCUGCCGCUGUAUUUGCUCGUUCUUGAACGCGGCCAUCUCCGUCUCCUUGGUCGACGAGCCGCAGGAUCUGCACGAGACAGCCAGCGUGGCGGGCACGGGACGCCUGGGUGAUCAGGGCUUGGGCACCUUUCAAUCGGUGCUCUCUUCGCGGUCUCGGGGUGAGCGGGAGCCCAGCCUGGCGGAGAUCGGUGGCCGCUCGAAGCUGGAGGCGGUGAAAGGAGACGUGGACAAGCGUCGCUCGAUGAUGCACUACAGGCCCAGCAGUGCUCGCGUGCCCAGCGAGAAGCUCACGCCGCGGAAUCUGCGCGGCAAGAGCCACCAGCAACGCCGCGACGCGGAGUUGAAACGACUCAGCCCGAUGAGUCUGCCGAUUUUAUUGUCCAUGGCAGAGUGGUUUGGCAUCAGAGACCACCUGGCUGUGCAGGAGAUGUUUCAGACGGCGCGGCGCGAUUCCGGCGAAGCGGCCAGGGGCAGCCCGGUGCGAAGGCUCCUGGAGAUCGGAGAGCCGGUGGAGGCCGGUGGAGGGGCGGACUGGAGCCACGGAACGCAGGACCGUUUGGCCCCGCCGCCCUACGUCCCACCGACGGCCUCGCCCUCGACGACGGUGGCUGAAGCGAAAGAGGUGGAAGAACAAGACAGCGUGGCCCUGAGUGCCACCGUGCGCUGUUUGGUCGCCACCUUAGAUGGUGCGACCUUCGUGGGUUGCGAGUUCAGCAAAGCGUCCGGGUGUCCAAGCAACGUGGAUGUUUUUGCGCGUGAUGGAUACUUCGCCAUUGACAUCCUUGCCGGAGACAUGUUGGAUUUGAUCUUCCACGAUGUCACGAUGCACGCCUCGCCAGAGGCCGCAGCUGCUGUGGUCCUUUUCUCCGCGAAAGAAGCCGACAAAGCAGCCUUUGUCCCGCUGGCGCCCCUCAUGCCGAAAGAUGCCGGGAGGGACAAGGACACCGACCAGGAAGAACCAGGUGGGUGGAAGCCCCCACAAGUGAACGACCGAGGUGCUGGGAGCCUCCAACCCAGCGGCAGUGCGCAGCAGCUGCUUUUGUCGCGGCCCUGCGCCAGUGGGGUGCCUCAGGGUGAGGUUGGCUCGGACUACUGUCGUCCCUUGAUCCGGUCGCCCUCAGCACCUCCCGUCGUGUACACGACUCUACGGAGUGUGGCAGGAGCUCCCUCCACGCCCCUCACGCUGGCGGCUCCUCCGGUGACGGUCGCCGCGCCGAUCGUGCGGCAGGCGACGGAGCGGGCGGGUCACCGGGAUCGUGUGGCGGUAGGUCCCACGCCGAAAGCGCCGGUGCCCUCGACGGGCUCCUUGCGGAGGCUUGAACCCUUCUGGCCAGAAAUGCCGAUCGUGGAAUCCGACGUCCCCAGCGAGAGAGACAACACACCGGUGGUCGCGAUGCUGCAGGUCGACGACCUUACAGAUGCCUGCGAACGCCGCGAGGAUGGACGUGCGCGUCCCGGCCGGCCGGCCACGGUGCGGGUCUCGUCCACGCCGUGCCUCACGAAGGCGCAGUCGCUGCCAACCACGCCAGUCACCCUGAACUCGAUCUCCCCCUCUGGAAGCGCCUCCAACUCCCCGCGCUUCUUCGUGUCAGGCAGCACGCCGAUGAACUACCGCCCGCCGGUCACGACCGUCGGACCUGUGAUGCCGCUCUCCGGGGCGGUCUUCGGCGAGAAGACCCGAGGGGCUUCCGCGGGUCCGGGGCGUGUGAGGAACGGAUCUCCUGAGGACCGGCCGAAGCUCCACACGGACGGUCCCGUCCGCACACCGGUGCGAAGCACGGAGCCGGGCUCGGUCGUGGGGAACGACCCUGGCGGCGUAGGAAUGUUCCUCUCGGUGCCCUUGCUCUUCGCGAUGCAUGCCUGGCUCGACACGAUCGCCAAGCGCGAGAACUAUGGCCAGGAGGCACGGGAGGAUGCCCGCUUCAUCAUGGGGAUGUUGGAGGGCCGGUGGCUGGCCAGCGCAGAAGAUGCCGGAGAGGACGCUGGAGGCGGCGGAGUGAACCUCCUCACAGGGCACAUCGAGGACGAGGAGGAACAGCCCGAGGAACCGGAUCGUCCAGUGGCCGUCGGGCACUCCGCCUCUGCCGCGAAUGAGGUGAUUGACUGGGGUGGAGGAGUUGGAGGGAGUGAUGGGAUGGGUUGGAAGAAGGAACUGGCGAACUGCGCUGAGAAGGCCUUCUUUUUCCUGAUGCGUUUGAUGGAUGCAGCGCAGAGCACGGAUGUUCCCAACACCUGGGAUUUGGGAGCCUUGACAGGUUUGGGCCCCGAGGAUGUGCGAAGCGGAGAGGUGGACGGCCACGUCGCCCAACAGAGGAAGGUCAUUGUAAUUGGUUUGCUGCUGCGGUGGAUUGUGGUGGCCAGCCGCUUGGCCUGGGCGAAGCUGCGGCAGCUGCCGGGUGGAUACACGCUCUUCUUCUUUGGCUUUAUGAUCUUCCACUGGGAUCUUCAUGCCCUGAUCCAUCCCUCGGGUGGCGAGAUCUUCGGGGCCAACCACACCGCCCACGAGAGCAACGUGUCGUCUCACGAAGCGCCAGUGCUCCAUGUGGAGGUUCAGCUGGUCAGCACCACCAUGGCGGCCACGGCGGCACAGGUGAUGACCAUGGCACCAGGCUUUCCAUUCAGGGGCUCUCCCAAGUUGGAGGGUGCAGAUCUUCCAGAGGUGCCAGAGUCAGGCGCUGGGCUCCCGGACGGCGGCGAAUGGGCGGGAGCCGUGCCGUUUGCGGUGCCGUCCGCAGAAGGUGUGGCUGCCUUUGGCGCCCCCAACGGCGACCGGGGCGCUCGGCUGAAGCUUCGCCCAGGUCCAAGUGUGGCUCCAGAGGCAAAGGGCGAGGAGGUCCGCGAGACAGCGCGACGGUGGGUGCGGAGAGCGAUGGACCGGACCUGGAGACAGGACCGGAGCAUUGGUGUACUGGGUGAAAGGAUUCGAGAAGCGACAGUGAUGCCCAAAGCUUUGGCAUUGAACACCCGCGACAGUGAUGACAUUGCGCGAUCUUCGCGCUUCUUCAGUGCCAAAUCCUCUUGGGCCUUGGACCAGCUCGCGGAGCAGAAGAGGCGCCGGUGCCUUUGGUUGAUCUUGGGGCAUCAAGUUGCUGCCCUGCUGCUGAGCAGUCUGACUCUCCAAGCGCGUCCGGAGUUGCUCAAAGCCAACGCCUUUGCCGUCGAGAGACAUCUCAACUGGGGUUCGGGCCUCGUGGCCUUGAGCGACCUCCUGCUCUCCCCGCCGUGCGACAGAGGGAUCUUGGGCGCGUUGAGCGAUCGUGUGGGACGCAGGCCACUGAUGAUCUCGCUGCCAGCUAUCACCUUGCCACUGAAGCUGCUGGCCGCAAAGUUCCCAACCCCGCGGAUCUUGCAGCUGGACAGGGUGUUGGGCGACUCCCUCCGGACGCUCUGCGGCACCACAAUGACGAUGUCCUCCCUGGCAGACUUAUACCAAGGGCAGAAGUACGCUGCGGCCUUGGGCUUCUUGCAGACAGCCACAGGCGUUGGACUGGUGCUGGGCCCUCAACUGUCCAAGCUGCUCAUGGGCACCGGCGGCCAGCGGCCGCGGCUCUGCUUCCUGGCGGCCGCCGCACUGGCGGCGCUGCAUCUGGCCUUGGCGCAGCGAUACCUCGAGGAGACGAACGAGAAGCUUGCAGACAAAGUUGACGCAAGUCCGGCUCGUGAGCCUUCAGGAUCCAUCCUCGCGAACAUCAGCGGGAUGUUGGGAAUCCAGGACUACCGCGAUUCCGUGGCCCUAGCCCGACAGCUGUGGCGGCGUGGGGGAGCUCUGCGGCAGCGGGCGAUGCUCUUCGUGCUGCACUGCUUCGUGGAGGGCAAGGUGAUUCAGGAUCAAGUCCUGGCUGUUCAGAUGAUGGGGCCGAAAGAAAUGGGCUUGGAGCAUUGGCAAGCAUGGCAGGCAGGUCGCCGGGACAACUGGAGCUCGGCGCACGGCGCUGUGUUGUCGGCCGGUAGCUUCUGUGGACCUUUGGUGAGGCGGGUGGGAGACGAGAAGUUCCUGCUGGCCUGCCAUUUGGCCUCCUUAGGGGCCUUCCUUUGGUUCAAGAGGCUUUGGCUUUGGAGCGGCCUUCUGCCGCUGCUGCUGGGCUCGCAACGGCGCCUCAUCUCGGCCAGCUGGCUGCUGCAGGAGGGUCUCAAGGGCGGCUUGCAGCGGGGGCAGGUGGUGGGUCUCAUGGCCACGCUCCGGGCCUUCUCUGAGGUUUGUGCCUCUUGGCUCUUCAGCAACAGCUUCAAGCUGAUCAAGAGGAGGCAGUGGUUGCCUGCCCAGGUCUUUUAUGUGCCGACGGUGCUCAUCGCGCUGGCGGAGAUGUCCCGGCAGCGCUUCGCGCUGCGCGCGGAGACCACGAGGGAGCUCUUGGGCACCGACGCGAGCUAUUGGACCGUGACCUUGAACCGCCCGUGCGACCAGAGGCUGGGCCUUGACUUGGAUCUUCUGGAUCCAGCGGUCUUACAGAUCUGCCAGGUGCAUGCAGACUCAGUGGUGGAUCGCUACAAUCAGACAGCGGCCCCAGAGAGGCGGAUACAGGCGGGGGACUUGAUCGUGAAGGUCAAUCGUGCCAGUGGUCAGGCCUCGGACAUGGCCGACCUCCUGCAAUCGCCUCAGCAGACGCUGACUCUCCUGCUGCAGCGCCCCCCGUGGCGGACCUUGUCCCUGAGCGAUGCCGAGGUCGAGGAGCUUCGCUCUGCCUUUACCUCCAUGCCACAGAGUGUGUCUCUGUAUUCCACUUUGACGAUCCCCAGCAUAGGGCUCAGGCGCCACGAUCGGCUCAUGGCCGUGGACGGCGCCCUCGGGGACCUCCAGGGCGCCUGGCGCAGCGCGCUGAAAGGUGGGAAGCCCUUCGAAGUGAGCAUCCUACGCUGCGGCCCCGACGAGACCUGA